AUGAAUCCGCGUUUGCCCUUCGAUGAUGCUGCCUGGGAAAAAAGCGAUCAGAUUGAAGACUCCUGGCUGGAUCUUCUCUUCGAUGAAGACAUCUACAAUGAGAUUGGAAUUUUUCUCGCUGAACAUCAUUGCCCUCGCCAAUGGGCUGAUUUCAAAUUCUUCAAAUCCGGCGGUUUCAACGCUAGCUUCCUCAUGACAUUCACCGAUACCGAUACUAGCGGCGCUCUUUUAAGACUCCCACUGCCUGGUGUUCAUAUGUUUCCUGACGAAAAGGUUCGUAAUGAGGCCUCUAUUAUGCGAUUCAUCACGGAAAGAACUUCACAAAAAAUGCCGAUUCCAGUUCCUAUAGUCUCCCGCUGGGGAGAGAGAAACGAGAGCCCCUCAAAUUUGGGUCCCUUUAUAAUUAUGGGCUAUAUUGACCACGAGAGAAGUAUAUCUGAUCUUCUCGAAACACCAGGACGCCUACAAAAACAGCGUCCAGAACUAAAUCCGGAUAUCAGCACAACAAAGCUAAAAGCUCUAUACAGAGAACUAGCCAAUAUUGUCUUUUCUCUAUCUACACUCUCUGCGAGCCGGAUUGGGUGUCUGAGACAGACAGUUGAAUCAGCGUGGGAAGUGGUAUAUCGACCAUUGUCUAUUUCUAUGAAUGAAAUUGUGCGUCUAGGGACGCUACCUCGAUCGGAACUCCCUACCGCGACGUACGAUAGAGCGUCUUUGUACUUUGAAGCCCUAGCAGAGCUACAUAUUUCACACCUCAAACACCAAAGGAACGAUGCUAUAGAGUCGGCCGACGACUGCCGACGUAAGUUUGUUGCUAGAUUCUUAUUUCGGAAACUUGUUCGAGAUCGGGAGCUUAGGGACAAAUGGGUAUCUUAUGAGCAUGGCCCAUUUCCAGUUUGGUGUGACGACUUUCGACCACAGAAUGUUAUGGUUGAUAAAGCUGGAAAAGUCGUUGGGGUGGUGGAUUGGGAGUUUACAUAUACCGCCCCAGUUGAAUUUACUCAUGCUCCACCCUGGUAG